AUGCCGAAGAGAAAGGUUGGCGACGGGCGCGCGCACACUUUAAUGUGCGCCGAGAGCGCGUACUCCCUUCUUUCUCCCCGAGCUCCUUUACCCUUCUCCUUCCCCUUGUAAAUGUAAUAUAUUUAUAUAUAAAAAUAUAGGCGAGCGGGCUGUCCUUUCAUACUGGGGGGGGGGGUUCUUUUUUUCUGCGACGACUUCGUCGUGAGGGCCCAGUUUUCGCGCUCCUAUUCUAGAGGGGGGAGGGGGCGUGACGGUUGUAAAUGGCCGCGAGGUUCGCCGAACUGCGGCCUGUAACGUCUCGCGUGCCCGUUCCGCUCGGGCAGCCGAGGAACGAGCGUCGCGCAGGUUCUGGAACGCCUAGAACUUUUACGCGGACGUUGGUUAAGGAUACGGCCUCAGGUUCGAAUUCUCGACACAGCGGCGGGAAGGGGGGGGGCGUGUGCGCGGUGACGUCAGGGCCCCUGGACGGUGUAGAACAGGCGUUAAUGCGCAUGCGAUGUUUCGCUCUACCGCCCCCGUUCCUUUCUCAUAUUUUAUGUUCCAUUGCAGGUGAACGCCGCUGAAGAAGAGGUAAGUAGGAAACGUUUGUAUAAUAUUUUAAAGGAUCCACGAGGAUUGUUAGUAUUAAGCAGACCAUUAAUACUGUUUUCUUUUGCUUUGGUUUGCUGUAGCCAAAAAGGCGAUCUGCACGCCUGUCUGCUGUAAGUAUAAAAUUGCAUAGACUUCUUAUUUACCCAUUAUGUUUAUUGUGAAUAUUAGAAUUAAAACAUAAUAAUUGUGUGGUGUUUCUCUUUCAGAAACCUGUCACUGCCAAAAUUGAAACCAAACCAAAAAAGCCAGCUUCAAAGGUGAGAGGUUUGGGGGAGGGAGACAAACAAGGUGUCUGAAAUCCUUUUUGGAAGCUGGCUGAAGAUAUUUCAUUGUAAAAUGGAGCAAUGUUACUACAUCUCGGCAGUAGAAGCAGGAAACUACUUUGGGACUCAAGUCACGAUUGAAGUGUGGUCACCCUAUGGGCCACAUUCCACUAAUGGUGAGGUCAAGGGUGGAAGCUGCCAUGGCAGAAUUCAUGCCCAUCUGUCCCCCGAUACUGGAAAGAUAAAAGCUGGGGCUCCCGAUUGUCCAUAUGCAGCUGCGGCCUGAAUUUGACGUGUUUUCCUGCCAUGCUACUUUUGGGGGUUUGGAUCCAUUCAGGAAUGAUUAGGAGCUACUGGACUUACCUGAUGUCUGUCAAAAGUAGCAUAGCAGGAAAAGGUGCCAAAUUUAAGCUGUGCUAAAUUCAAGUCACAGCUGCAAAGGGAUUUUCAUUUGUUGUAUUUGUACACCAUUUUUCCACAAACUGAAUCAUGCUCAAAGUGUCUUGCAACAAAGAAACAGGUGUAUUUAAAGCAAGCAAUACAAGAACAAUUUCUUAAUAACAAAGCAAAACAAAAACAUAGUAACGUAAAUUUAUGUGCUAGCUACCUAGUGUAGGAUAGCGGUGAAGAGUUUUCUGAUGAAUUGUGCCUUGGUCAUGAACUCACUAGCUGGGCUUGGCCAAACCAAUACAGUAUAUUCUCAUUCUUUCCCUCACCUUGGUAGCAUGGGGAUAAUAUUGUACAGGGUUGUUAUAAACAUUGCUAGCAUACUGUAUGUUCAAAAUGUUUCAUAUACCAAAGUGCUCACUUUUCACUGUAGGCUCUGAGGCUACUUCUCUUGGUGGUUUCCCAGCUGUUUCCUCCCACCAUUCCUCUCUAACCAGUCCAUGCAUCACCUGAAGCAACCAUUUUGCUUCAGCUUCACUGAAAAGGGCAAGAACAUCAGAUUAAUUCUAUUUGGGUCUAAACUAACUGUGUUAUGAACUCAGUUGCUGGUUUAUUUGAACAAAUAAAUAAUAAAUCUACAGUUUAAGAAAAUAAAAUAUUGGGGCGGGGGGGAGAAUCCUUAUCCAAAAUAUCUAACAUCAGUUUACACAGGAAAAUGUAGGGUGGUAUCCAGUGCUGGGCAAGACCUAUUUUAGUAUUCCAUAUAGACCAGUGGUCGCCAAACUUGGCCCUCCAGCUGUUUUUGGACUAAAACUCCCAUCAUCCCUAGCUCACAGGACCAGUGGUCAGAGAUGGUGAGAAUUGUAGUCCCAAAACAGCUGGAGGGCCAAGUUUGGCCGCCACUGAUAGAGACUGAUUGUAGUACAAACCUUGGAAUAACUAAGAACAGCCAGAUAUGCUCUCACCAUGCUAACAGCUUCAUUUUUUCCAAGGAAUGAUGCUUUGCACCAUGCAUAGAAAUAUAUGCAGUGAGUCCUGGUAAUGUGCUAAGACAACAUGGCACUAAAAGAGCACUCUUUGGGGCUAGAUGCAUAUAUGUAAGCCAGCAUAGCAUUCCUGGCACCUUAGAUCUUUCUAAACAUGUUUUAAUCUGAUUAAGACCAGUGCUUUUUCUGGGACUACUCAAGGGUACACAGUACUGGCACCUUUUUUGUCCUGGAAGAAAAGCACUGAUUUAGACCACAAAUCUUCACAUUCUGACGAAUGAGUUACUUUAAAAAGACUAAAUGCUGAAUGUCUUAUUUCAUUGCAGGAUAAGCCUGAGGAAAAGAAAGCCCCAGCAAAAGGGAAAAAGGGACCAAAAGGUAAACAGGCUGAAGAGAUUAACAAUGAGGAAGUAAAGGAUAACUUGCCUGCAGAAAAUGGAGAAGCAAAAAGUGAUGAGGUAAAUUUUAUGGCUUUAUUGUGUAUUCUAUAGUCUUCUGGUUUAAAUUCAAAAUGAGAAAAUAUUUAUAUUGGUAAAGGAGGCUAAUGAGGUAGGAAGAAGUGGAGGAGGAGUUGGCAUUGCCAUUGGGUUUCAUGCCUCUGUAUACCUGUUUCUGGAAAUUGCAAGUGGGGAAAGUGCUGUUGCACUCUGGUUCCGCUUGCGGGCUUCUCAUAGGCAUUUGGUUUGCUACCAUGAGAAUAGGCUGCUGGUCUAGAUGAGUCUUUAGCCUGAUUCAGUGGGGAUUUUCUUACUCUGGGUUGCUAUGCAUUUUAGUAAAUUCUUUCAUCCUCCGCUAGCAUCUUUCAGUAGUCACACUAGUGGAUCUGGCAUUUUUUUACUACUAAUAUUCCCAGUCCAGGCUCUUGCUAUCCUGGAUGAUCGGGCCAAGUAGAUCAAUCAGUUCACCAAACAUGGCGAGUGAUAUGAGUUUCUAUUCUACAUUGAAUUUGUAUAUCAUUUCAAAAGUAAGCAUAUACUUAACAAGAUGUUUUAUUUCUAAACUAGUCAGAAACAUCAUUGUUAUGAAACACACAACUAUUUCAAGUCCUUGAAUUUAAAGUUACUCUGUGCCAAUUGAAAUGAAGCCUAAGGACAAGCAUUAACAUAACAUUUUAAGUAUAAGCUUGAGUAUUUGGAAAGUUCAUUAUGCAUUACAAAGUUCUGCACGGAAUUUGUAUUGUCCAGUAAUUUUAUGAGUAAAUGUAUUCUUUGUUAACCACAAAAUCUUUUAGCAGGAUAUGAGUGCAGAAUGAGUAUCUUUGAUGUGACUAUAUCAUAAGGAAGCUUUAUGGAUUUUUAGUGAAAUUAGUAUGGAAAGCAGUACUGAACAUUCCUGAAAAUCCACAGAAACAGAAUAAGAUAACUCAAACUACAGCUGUAAACUGAAAUACCAUAAUGGAAUAUGAGGCUCAUCAAUGUGGGGCUAUGUGUUCAAUAUUUGACUGUAGAUAGACCAUUAAAAGCAAUGUUUUUCUACUUGUGAAUUGUAUAUAUUAAUCCUUUGUGGCCAGUCACUCUCAAACUGGUUGAUAAAAAUGUUUUGGCUCUGUAAUAGCAUACAAAAAUUAUGUUGAUCCUAACUUUCAUGUUUAGAAUACCAAAUAGCUUUUAAAACAAUGUUUUAAUAGUCCUUGGGUUUGAACUUUGAAACAUAUAUGUAUAACCAUUGUUACGUUAAACUUUUUUCUUUUUUCAGGCCCCAGUAUCUGAUGCAGCAGGAGAAAAAGAAGCAAAAUCUGAGUAA